GUGUAUGAAGUGCAAUUCACAUCAGUUAUACGAGGUCAUCAUAUUUAUAAAUCUGUGUGGACUCCAACUUUGGGAGAGAAACUUACCUGCCGUGAGGAUGAUCGCAAGGAAGCCAGACAACAUGAUGAAUAUGCAAUUGGGACGUAUUUGGAAGAUAAUACCGACAGGGAGCUUGUAGGACAUGUGCCAAUGGAACUGUCUUACCUUAUCUAUACAUUUCUGAGAGCUUGCGACGAUAAUGAGGUUUCUGUUAAAGUAACAGGGUCAAGAAGGCUUGAGAACGGACUUGUUGUGCCAGGAACAUUCAAAGCGCGGACACCAAGAAGGGCUAUUGCCACGAAGUUUGAGCGGGAGAUUUUGCGGCUGAAAGAACUUUGCGCCCACAUGGACAUUUCAGUUGAAACUUUGAGAAAAAUUCCUACGUUGUCUUAA